AUGGUUCCUGGAAGUAGAGACUCUCCCCCCAAACCCACAGUGCAGCUGUAUGUGGAUCAGGAGGAGGUACAGGAUCAGGAGGAGGUGUUGGAGGUGUUGGAGGGGAGCUCUGUGAGUCUGCGCUGCUCUGCUGAGACUCUCUGCUCCUCUCCUCCACCAACUCUCACAUGGAGCUCCACUCCCAGAAUCCCCCUCAGUGAGAGCAGCAGACGAGAGGAGCUCAUCUCUGAUCUGAACUUCACUGCUACUCACCGUCAGCACAGAGUCACUUUCACCUGCACUAUAACCUACCAGCUACAGCACCAGAACAAAACAGCACAGAACAACAUCACAGUACAUGUUCAGUAUUCGCCUAAAAACACAUCAGUGUCUGUGCUUCCCUCCAGCUCUGUGUUGGAGGGCAGUUCAGUGACUUUGAUCUGCAGCAGUGAAGCAAACCCAGCAGUGAACUACACCUGGUCCAGAGAGAGUGAAGGACAGAUGAAGCAGCUGCAGACUGGAGACACUCUCACCUUCGAUAAGAUCGACCUGGUACACAGAGGCUGGUACUACUGUACAGCUCAGAACCAACAUGGCACCCAAAACUCAUCAGUGAUGCUGGACAUUCAGUAUGCUCCUAAAAACACAUCAGUGUCUGUGCUUCCCUCCAGCUCCGUGUUGGAGGGCAGUUCAGUGACUCUGACCUGCAGCAGUGAAGCAAACCCAGCAGUGAACUACACCUGGUCCAGAGAGAGUGAAGGACAGAUGGAGCAGCUGAAGACUGGAGACACUCUUACCUUCGAUAAGAUCGACCUGGUACACAGAGGCUUGUACUACUGUACAGCUCACAACCAACAUGGCACCCAAAACUCAUCAGUGAUGCUGGACAUUCAGUAUGCCCCUAAAAUCUCUCCAUCCUCCAGCUGUACCAGGACUGUAACUGUGUGUUUCUGUGAGGCUGAUGGGAAUCCCUCUCCUGAACUGGAGUGGCAUCUGUCUGGACGUCCUGUCACUAACUCUUCAAACACGUUCAUCAGUGAAGAGAGAUUGAGCAGCACAGGCUUGAGGAGCUCCAUCUCUCUUCAUCAGUUUCUCACAAACACAUUCACUCUGCAGUGUGUCAGCAACAACACUCAUGGCAUUGCAAGUCAUCAGUUUAAUUUGCUUCAUGUCUCUCCUCAGGAGUCAGGUUUCCAACGUUUCUCUUUUUUGGUUGGAGUUGCUGGUGGGGCUUCUGUGAUGAUGAUCGUUUGUGGCAUUUUACUUAUCUGUGCAAGGAGAGAAAGCAACCCAAGAGGAGACGGUGACACUGGACUCAUUCUGACUGACAGGAAGGAUGAGAGUGGACCAGUUUGUGCCAAUAAUGGCAUGUUGUCUCCUACUGGAGCUGCCACCCAGAAUCAUGAAGAACUCAAUUAUGCCCCCAUUAACUUCACAAACAUCCAACCAGAGUCAGAAGAGAUCAGGGGCGUCUCCUCGCUAACAGCUGAGUACGCUGUGGUCCAACGUUAUCCUGGCAGAGUAUCAGGGGCAGAGAGCUCAACAGAAGGUGGUCAGCCAAACAACGGCAUCUCAGCUGUAAUGAAUUCUGAGAAAAAUCCAACCAUACUAGAGCAGGAGUCAAAAAUGGAAGAAGUGUUAAACAAGCCAUCAGAAGACACAAUAUAUCAAAAUAUCACCAUCUGAGCUAGAAUGGCAGUGUUGUCAUGUAAUUACAAUGAAUGUUAGCUGCAGCUUUCAAGCGUCAAAAAAAAAAAAGCCACCAUAUAACUUCUGGGUCAUGUAUAUAGUCAUACGAUUGCAUUUUCUGUUGACCAAAGUACCUCUCCGCUAUCUGAACAUGCUCAAUUGGUGAUUGUCGGUGUCUGUGCAGUGUGAAUCGGGCUUAAAAAUAAAAAAGGGAGAUAGUUGAGAAAAUGUAUUUAAUACAAGAUUUGUAAAGUUAAUCUUUUGACACUUUAAAAAUAAACAAACAAAUGUGUGUGUAGCAUGUUGUGUUAAGUUUUUCAUGGCAUUACAAUGCAUAAAAACAAACAAACUAAUAAUUAAAAAUUUUAAGUGGAUAUGCGUUGCACAUUAAGAUGAAGAUUCCAGA